GGUGAUGCUGGCGCCCAUGGCGCUCCUGGGCCUGGUCCUGCUCUGGGCACCGGCGGCAGCGACUUCGGGGAAAAUUCCAGAUUCGUUAGCCGGACAGGGGGCCUCCUGCAUGACGGUGUGCACAGGGUCGGCUGAUCCCCAUCUCUCUGUGGGCACCAGAUACACCUAUCGCUUUUCCACCAACACCAGCACCGGCCUGCAGGGGGCCCCACUGGAGGGGAGUGGCCUUGGCCUCCAAGGCUUGGUCACCCUCCAUGUGCUUGGUCCAUGCCAGAUGGCCUUACGGCUCCAGGGCUUCCAGGUGACGUCCAUCCUGGGGUCCAAGGUGGAAGUUCUGAAGGAGUCAGCGAGUCUGAGCGCCGCCCUGGGCCGCGUCCCGCUCCGCUUCGUCCUGCGCGCCGGGCGCGUGGUCCGCCUGUGUCCCCACCGCGCCGAGCCGCGCUGGGCGCUGAACGUGAAGCGCGCGGUGCUGAGCCUCGUGCAGGGUCACCCCGGCGCCGCCGGCCCCCAGACCCUAGACGAGGUGGACGUUCUGGGCAGGUGUCCCACCACGUACCAGCAGCGCGGCGCCAGGCUGCUCAAGACCAAGGACCUGGCGCGGUGCUCCCUGCGCAGGGCGCGCUCCGCGCUGCGCUCACAGGCGCUGCCCCUGGCGGCGCCAGGCCUGGCCUCCCGCCUGACCUGCCUCCAGAGUUUCCAGGCCGGCGUGCUGAGGGAGGCCUCCUGCGCGGAGCUGCAUGCUGUGGGGCCCCUCUCCGAGAAGGCGAGUGCCGUGCAGAUGAGGACACUUUCCCGGCUGACUCUGCUGCAGGAGAUGCCCCCAGAUCCGGCCCCUACUGACCCUUACCCCAGAGAUGGUGGAGAAUUAACCCCCACCAGCCUGUUGUACGAAUGGGAGGAGACGUUGCCCUGGGCUACGGUGGCCACAGUGGCCGCAUCUGUGAGGAAGCUGUGCCUGGCUCAGACCACGAGCUUUGAGGCUGCGGAGCUGUUCCUGACCCUGGUGUCCGAGCUCCAGGGCCUCCCCGCCCAUGAGCUGAGGGACCUCUGGCGACAUUCUUCCUUUAAAUGCCGAGACAGCUGGCAGCCGCUGGCAGAUGCCCUGCCCUCCUGUGGCACCGAGCCCUGCGUGGGCCUCAUGGUGGAGCUCAUCUCAUCCGGGGAGGUGGAGGCAGACGAGAGGGAGGCGUGGCUCUGGUCGCUGGCCUUCCUCCCGCAGCCCACGGAUGCCAUGGUCCACGCGCUGCUGCCGCUGCUGCAGACCCCGGGGGCCAGCCCCAGUGCCUUCCUCGGCCUCUCAGCCCUGGUGCACAGCCUCUGUGCCUCUCUGGACGGGCCCUGCGGGCAGCUGCCUGGUGUCAGCUCCCUCGUGAAGAUCCUGGGAGAGGCCGUGGGUGCAAACUGCACCUUCCAGGAGCCCUCGGACGCCGACCAGCUCCGGCUCGUGCUGAAGGCGAUCGGCAAUGCUGGCCUGGCGGCCGCCGCUCUCACACCCUCGCUGAGUGCUUGUGCGUCCCUAAGGAGCUGCCCCCCUGAGAUCCGGCUGGGGGCCAUCCAGGCCUUCCGGAGGGUUCCCUGCUCUGCGGACCGAUCCGUGCUUUCCCACCUGUACCAAAGCCCCGAGGAGGAUGCUGAGAUCCGCAUCAAUGCCUACCUGGCCCUGAUGAGGUGCCCUGGUGAGGAGGUGUUUGCCCAGGUGCGGCGUACCCAAGCGGGCGAGCGGUCAACCCAAGUGGGCUCCUUUGUCUGGAGCCACCUCCUGCAGCUGCUGGAAACGGACGACCCCCUGAAACAGGCCUUCCGAGAGGCCCUCCCCCAGGACAUCCUCAGCCGGGAGUUCCAUCCCGAGACCUGGAAGCACUCGUCCUAUUCUGAUGCCACCUUCCACUCAGCAUCUGGCAGCCUGGGAGCCAACGUGGAGGGGACCCUUCUCUUCUCUCCAGCCUCCUUCCUCCCCCAUUCUGCCACAGCCAACCUGACUAUCCAUGCCCUUGGUCGUGCCUUCAACCUCCUGGAGCUGGGGCUCCGGCUGGAAAAUGCUGAGGAAAUCGCCCGCAAGCUGUUUGGCCCGAAGUCAUUCUGGGGGCAGGAAGAGGAGAGAGAGGCCCAGCCGGAGAAGCCCCCAGAGCCAGAUCCAGGGCCCACACCACAGGCAGCCAACCUCGACUGUCCAGGAGAAAGUUCCAGAGAGAUGAGAGACCUGCGGCAGAAGGUGGCCCAGAGGCGCGGGGAGCGGGCGCUGCGCUGUGAGCUGAGCGUGAAGGUGUUCGGGCACGAGCUGGGCUUUGUCAGCUGCGGGGCGAUGGGGAGUCACGGGAGACGCCCGUCCCUGAACCUGGCUCAGCUUGCAGUCAAGCUCCUGAAGGGCCAGGAGGUGCAGCUGAACCGGAGACUGAACCUGGCCUUGGAGGAGCUGGCCUUUCCCACCGUGUCUGGCCUCCCUGCCCGGCUGGCCCUAAACGCCUCUGCCGCCAUCAGCGUCUGGAUCCGAGGGACCGCCGCCUUCCAGCAGCGCUCGGAUUUCUCCGUGAAUGGUUAUGUCAAGCCCAGCGCCCUGCUCCAGGUCUCGGCGCAGUUGGGCACGGCGGGCGCCCUGGGGCAGGCCGGGCUGCGGUGGGUGACCGGCGUCCGCGGCGCGGCCAGCCUGGACGGCGGGAUGCAGGCGCGGAAGGGCCGGGACCUCCGGGCGCAUCUGAACACGCCCGAGGAGGCCGUGGAGCUGCUCAGCGUCAGCUCUAAGCUGUAUCUUGUCAUUGGGGAUGGCAUGCAGACACUCGGUCACGUUCACAGCCCUUCCGAGGCCCAAUCCUGUACCCACAAGGAAGUGGCCCGCACCUGGGGCUGGCAGCUGUGCACUGAGGUGACCUGGCCGGCCGCUGGUCAGCCCUUCCUGCUCUCGUUGCCUGUGUCUGCGGCUGUGACGCUGAGGAAGCAGGACCGCGGGCUCCAACAGUAUCUGCUGGAAGCUGCCUAUACCCUCGGCCCCUGGAAGAACAGCUGGCUCCCUCGAGAAGCCUCCGCCCACCUCUUCAUGGGCACGCCCAAGUCGGAGGUGCCCAGGGAUGUCGAGGUGGAUGUCAGCUACAGCCUGCCGCAGAGGAAGUUCCGGCUGAAGCUUCUCCAUCCCAGGAAGAAAAUCGAGCUGGACGGAAAGAUCGAGACUCUCCCGAGUGCCUGCAUGGGUCACCUGGAACUGAUCCUGGACGACAGGGACGUCUAUUACAUCAAGGGCCGGAGCGACGUGCGGCCAGCAGCGGGCGGUGAGGCCCAGCGGCUGGAGGCGCAGCUGGAGGUGAGGCUGGUGACAGCGGGCAGCCCUGUGGUCCUCGCUGGAAACCUCAGCCGGCAGCCGGGGAGCAAGCUGGCCUUCUCCGUGUGGCUGAGCACCCAGGCCCACCUGUCAGUGCUGCUGGAGAAGAAGGCAGAGGACGGGCUGCAGGUGGCGGUCCUGGCUGGCGAGCUCUCUGUGCCGGGGCUCGUGGGGCUGCGUGCCCUGGGCCGGCUGCAGCAGCGGGGCCGCCUCUGGACCAGCUCCCUGAGGAUCAAGUACGGCCUCCUGGGUCAGGCGGAGCGGCUGGCACAGGAGUGCAGCACUGGCCAGCAGCUACGGGCGGAGAGUAGCCCAGAGGGCGCCUACAAGCUGGAGCUGGACCACGAGCUCCACUGCACGCAGCUCCCAGCCUUCAGCCACAAGGUCCAGCUCCGGCACGAGGAUGGCUUGGGCCACUUGCACUCGCAGCUGGAGGCGAGCUACGGGCGGCACUGGGCUGAGAGCAGCAAUCGGAGACGGCUCCGCGUCAGCCAGACCUUCCAGAACGACUCGGGCCCAGCACUGAGCAAUUACUUCGUGGAGUUUGUGCUGCAGGUGCCCGUGAAGCAGGUGGAUUGCCGUACGCAGCUGCACCACUCGAGCCUCCGCCAGCCCCACAUGGAGAGCAGCACGUUCCUGAAGGUGCAGUACAACGGGCGGCUGCCCUUCGUGGCAGGCUUGCAGUGGAAGGACACAUCCCGGGCCACCCUGUGGAAGUGGGAAGGAGCCUUGACCCUGGACAGUCCGUGGCUGAUGGUCUCUGCGGCCCACAGGCUGUACUGGCCUCAUCGAGCCACGUUCCAGGCGGGCCUGGAGCUGACGCUGGGCAAGGCCUGGACUCUCAAGAACCUGGUGAUGAACGUGGCCUGCAGGGGCCAGGGCCUCGCCAGGGAGGGCAAGAUCCACAUCUACACCCCGGCGACCACUUACCUCCGGGUUUCCACGGUGACGACCUUGGCACGGAGCCUCUUCCGCAGCUGGAGUGAGGUGGAAUCCGCCUGGAGUGCGGCAGUGCAGAGCGAGAUCCGGGCUGAGAACAGCCGGGACCGUAAGAGCCUUCACUGCUGGUUGAAGGGCCCCCGGCGGGAGCUGAACCUGACGGCGGCCUACAGGCACGCGGAGCAGCCCCGGAAGACCCACGUGUCGCUGAUGGCUCUGGGGACCCGUGCUGGGGGCCAGCCUCAGGGCCUGCAGUUGGAGGGUGAGCUGGAGGAGCUGACCCACGACAGCGUGUCGUACCGGAAGCGGGGGACCUUCCUCCUUAGGCACCCGUUGGCUCUGCCAGGCCCACAGAGCCUGCUCCUGCAGGAGACGUUCACGGUGGAGAAGCAGCAGCAGCGGUCCUCCCUGGAGACCAGGGUUGUCCUGAAUGGCCGAGAGGAAACCCUGCAGACCAUCGUCCUGGGCUACCAGGCGGGGCACCCCUAUGUCUGUGCAGGCCUGACCCACCCCUACAGCGGCACAGCCAUCCCCGGGAGCCUGGAGGGGUGUGUGGUUACGUGGAGUCGACACACCGCUAAGAACAGGGAGGUCGAGGCCACUUUGAAAGUCGACCAGAAAGUCAUGCUGCACUUAAAGGGUCUGCACCGUGACAGAUCUCAGCCUGGGGAGGUCCGGCACCGCCUGGCGCUGGACGCGGCUCACUCCUCCCAGCUGAAGUUCCCCCGGGCCCUGAGUUUGGACGGGGACACUGUCUUCAGACGGAGUCCCCAGGGAGCAUUCGACUGUGGUGUGGACGCGAGGGCUGCCAUUAACCACAGCACCACGUCCCAGGUCUCGGUCCAGCUGAACGGAUCUGACUCCCACUUGGUGUUUUUCUUCCAGCUCAGACAUCCCCAUGGACCAACAUUUCCUCCAAACUUACAGGUACAGGCGGCUGCCGGGCGUUUCACAGAGCGCAGCCUCAAUGGCUCCCUGUCUGUGCACGUGUCCGGCCGGGAGCUGGUUCUGCUGGAGGUCGACGCCAGCCGGGAUGCCAGGAGAAGCAGCCAGGGCUGGGGUGUGAGCGUCCUCCUCCGCCAGGCAGUCCUCAGAGCCCCCACGGCUGUUCAGCUGCAGCUGUCCGGCAAGGUUGCCCCAGCCAGGAUUUGGCUCUUUUUCAAGGCGCUGCUGGACCAGAACGCAGCCCAGCUUCUUCUCAAGGCGUCUGAGGAGCGGAGGGGAGGCCAGGUCCUGACCCUGUGGAGCCAAGCCCAGCACACAGUGGCCGGCUGGGCAGCUGUGCCCCGCCUCCUGGCCCUCAAGGGCAUGCUGAAGCAGAAGGAGGCGCUCAGAGAGGGUACCAUCAAGGUCACUGCCGACUCAGCUGUGCUGGGCUUCCUCCUGCGGGACAAGCAUGAGAAGGCAGGGAACAGCACCAGUGUGCGCAGCAUGAUCUGCAUCCUCACCCAGAAUGGCAGCCAGGCCUUGCCAGGAGAGCUCCGGCUGCGAGGGCGGCUGCAGGCCCAGCCGGGGAGCCUUGGGGGCCAGGCCAGGCUCCGUGCCGAAGCUGCUAGCCUGGCUCUGGGUGGGGCCUGCACCUGGGGCCCUGGACAUGGCCAGCUUUCGGGCAGCCUGAGUCACAACGUCAGCAUCUUGAGCGAGGCAGGGCUCCCCCCGGAGGCGGAGAUGCUGCUGUCACACAGCCACGUGGCUUCCAACCUGUCGGUGCGCGUGGCCCUGCGGAGCGCGGGGGGCCGGCUGGACGCCGCCCUCGGCCUGGAGGGCCCGGCUCCCAGCGCCCCGGGCCGCCGGCUCCGCGCCAGCCUGGGCCACACGGUGCCCGGCCUGCGGCGCUGGGGCCUCCCCUUCUCCGUGGACGGCCGCGGGCACUCCCAGAGCGCGGGACCCAGGCUGGCGGCCGGGCUGACCGCCAGUGUGGACGGCGAGCAGCUUCGCGUGGCCCUGGAGCGGGGGGCAGAGGGCGGCCGCCAGGGGCUGGCCCUGGGCCUGCACCACGGCCUCUCGGGGCUGCAGGUGAGUGACCCGAGGAGCCCGGAGGUCAACGGCAACAGACACGCCUCGCCUGCCCAGCUGUCAGGGCUCUGCUGGGUGCAUGUCGCUGGGUGGCCUCUUGAGGUCUCCGUGGACGUUGGCGCCGGCGGCUUCGAGCAUUCCGGGCGCGUCUGGGCCGGGCCCGCGUGUCUGAACUACUCCGUGAGCGGCCGGCGGCGCCGUGCGCACCUGCAGCUCUCGGGCCCGGGCGAGCACGGCAGCUCGCUCCAGGGGGACACCCGCCUCGGCGCCGAGCUGCAGGCGCGCGAGAUCCAGACCUGGGCCAAUGUGGCCCUCCGUGACGGGGACAGCGGGGUCCGCGUGGACGUGGCAGCCCUGGUGGCCCGGCCGCUGAACGGCACUCUGGAGCUGGUGGUGAAUGCCAGCCACACGGCGCUGGCUCUCCGGAGGCUGGGCCUGCCCUUCACCAGCCAGCUCGUGCUCCGGGAGCUCUGGGCAGGGGAGGAGAUGAGCUCCUCCUUCCAGCUGACCUGUGAUUCUCAAGCCAGCCUGGUGCUCGACGUCCGGGGCCGGAACCGGGCGCUCAGCAAAGAGCUGCAGCUAUCGGGCUGGCAUCGCCUCCCUGCCCUCCUGGGCCGCUGCCCCAGCAGAGCCUCGGCCUCCGCCAAGCUAUGGUCCUCGGAGGGGGAGGCCGAGAGCGCGUUUGCCUUGAUGGUGGAUGAGCAUCAUUUCCACGUUGGCACCAGGCAGGUGGCUGCUAAGGCCAGGCUCAGCAACGUCGUCAAGCUGGAACAGACCUUCCCCCAGCUCAGUGCCCUGCCCAGGGAACUGGUCCUGCAGACCCUGUACGAGCGAGCCCGUGGCACCCGCGUCCUGCACCAGACGGUGCUGUGGGACGGCCAGGAGGUGGCUCUCAAUGGGAGCCUCUCCGGGCCCUUCCCCAAGCCCACCGGGACCCUCGGCCUGUGGGUGGAGCUCACCCACCCGCUGCCUGGCUCCCUGCCGCGACACUGCCACCUCCGCCUGUCCUCCGAGCGCUCGCGACGCGGCCACCGUGGCGACCUGGUCGUGGGCUGGGAUGGCAAGGACCAGGUGGUGGUCUCCUCCUCCCUGCGGCUGGGGAGGGGUGAGCUGGCCGCCCGCCUGGCCCUGGCUCACCCCUUCAACCUCUCCUGGGGGCGCGCCGAGGCCGGGGGCCUGGCCGAGAGCAGGGGCGGCAGGCAGAGCCAGCAGGUGCAGCUUGCCUGGAACGGAGGGCAGCCCGUGACCUUGCUCGUCACCUGGGCCGACAGGUCCUCCGCACACAGCACCGCCUGGGACGGCUGUGUGGCCGCCUCCCCGGGGCAGCUCCGGGAAACCUGGGGCCUGGGUGCCCUCAGGGCCUGUGGGGCCUUAACACAGACCCUGGCCGUGUUCAGCGAGCAGAUCGAUCUGUCCUGGGACCAACGCCGGGUGCAGCAGAACCUGACAUAUGAGAGGCAUCAGCCAUCCGGGCCAGACAAGAUCUGUGCGGAGGCCACACUGGAGCACGUGCUCCCGGCCUCCUGCCCCGCGCAGAGCUUCUGGGGAGAAGUGGAGACCGACUACGCCCGCUGGCUGCGCCAUUCUCUGCACCUGGGGCUCUGCGGCCUGCCCAGGGCCCUCUCGGUCUCCGGGGAGCACACCCUGGGCAGCAGUGGGCUCCUGCUACGUUCACACUGCCAGCUGGGCCUCGCUCCAGACCCAGACCACGGCCUGCACCUCAGUCUGACCCUCCGCAACCACAGCAGGCCCCGGAUGCCCGGCUUCUCUGGGGAGCUGGAGCUCCUCGGCCCCAGGGCUCAGCGGCUUGGCCUGCUGGGCCGGGUCUCCACCUCGGCCUUGCAAAGCCUGGUUCAGCUGGAGGGAGAGGGGGACGACGGGGACGAGAAGGUGAGGCUGUCCGUGUCCCGGGCCCCGAACUGCCUCCAGGCGUCUGUGGCGCAUGAGGAAGGGAGCCAAGAGGAGAGCGUGGUGCUGCGGGCAUGUGCCCACAGGCGGGCGGCCGAGGCCGAGGUCCUGCUCCGGGUGGGCGGGCAGCCUGGCCAGCCCCUGGGACGUCUGACCCUGCAGGCCGCCAACCAGAGCCUCCGCCUGAUGGCGCACGGCUGCGCGGGGACCCUGCUGGGCCGCGUGGAGGCCAGGGUCGCAGCCAUUGGGUCCCAGCUACAAGCCCGGCUGGAGGAGAAGAUCCGAGGCUUGGACUCCUACGUGAGAAGGUUCCAGCGCCUGGUGCAGCCAGCGGGCCCCCUGGACGGCCUGGCGGGCCCCCUGCUGCAGCUGUCGCAGGCAGCGCUGGGGGCCGUGCAGGCGAGUGGCCGGGCAGUGGCUGUGCUCUGGGGCCGGAGCGGCCAGGCCAGGCAGGCGCUGACACACCACUCGCUGCUCUACCUGGAGAGGCUGCAGGCGGGGCUGGAGCAGCUGCGGAAGGAGCUGGAACGGCCCCUGGCCACCCUGAAGGACGCCUACUUGGAGGUGACACUGCGGCCCCUGGAUGAGGUGUGGCGGGAGCGGGCCGAGGAGGCCUUGCAGCGGCUGCAGGCCUGGGUGUCCCAGGUGCCGGGGGCCUGGGGGCUGAGACCCAUCAAGGCGGCCCUGGAGGCCACAAGGGGCACCCUGGAGCUGGCUGCCCCCCAGAUGCAGUCUUGGGCCGAAGCCACCUUGUCACGGGCACUGAGGAGGCUCUGCAAACCUUUGCUGGGCCUGUACAGCUUCUCAGCCAGGAACUGCUCAGUGGUGGUGACGCUGCCGCUGCCGCCUGCGGGGGACGAGCCCCUGGACGGCCGGGUGACCAGCUACCUGGUGGAGGAGAGGCUGCUGCGGCCGCUCCGAGAGCUGUACGGGACCAGCGUGCUGGCGGAGUACUACCGGCUCCAGAGCCGCCUCCUGGAGGGCCCCCCUGGGUACCACGCUGUGGUGGCGGGGGCCAGGCACAUGGUGACCUUCGACGGCCGGGUGUGGGGUCUCGGUGCCCACUGCGGCAGCCUGCUGCUGGCCAAGGACUUCGCUCACAACACAUUCUCUCUGACGCUGAGCCAGGCGGGCUCGGGGCUCACAUCCCUGUCCGUGAGGCUGAACCGCACCACCCUCGUCCUCUACCCCCGCCUGAAGACCUACAGGCUGUACGACUCCUCCCUGCCUGGAAAGAGGUGUCCGGAACUCGAUCUGCCUCCUGCCAAGAUGAGGAGGGACGUCCCCCGGAUCGAGCUGACCAGUGAGGAUGGCAUCUCUAUCGCCUGUGACGUCCGAGCCGGCCUCUGCAGCCUGACUCUCGGCCUCUGGCAGCACGGCGUGUCCGCCGGCCUUCUGGGCACCAACGACAACGAGGGCGGCAAUGAGCUGACGCUGCCGGAUGGCACGCUGGCCGGCAGCCCAGAGGAGCUCACCCGCGCCUGGCAGGUGGGUGGCGACUGCAGGGCCGUGGAGCAGACUCAGCAGGCGUGCCCAGGACAGAGCCCCAUCUGCAGGGCCUUCUUCCAGGACCUGCACUCCAGCCUGGGGAACUGCUUCAGGGUGGUGGACCCUGCCCCGUUCCUCAGCCUGUGCAUCCAGGACACCUGUGGCACCCAGGAGCUCCAACCUGCCUGCACCCUGGCGGCCGCCUACAUCCACCUGUGCGCCCGGGGCUUCGUGCCCCUGGAACCCCUUCCACAGUGUGUUUGAGAUUCUGCUUAAGCCGGCACCGGGCUACCAAAGGUUAGAAACUCCUUCACCUUCCGCCACAGUCCCAGCUCCUCACAAGGUCAAGACCCUGGGCCGGGACAGAACAACCAGCACAAGAGGCCGGGAGGCUCAGAGAGGCUCGCACUCGCUCCAGAUACAGGAAGGAAGAGCGGUUUGUCAAGGCUCUCAAAACGCUUCUGGCGACAAUGAAGUCCACGACUGGUCUGGACAAUUCUCUGCCCUCCUCAACACCUGCGCUCUAGGAGACAGCCUGGCCGCUGGGCCCACCUCUGGGCGGGGAACUGCACUCCAGCUACUGUUCCUGCCCAAGGUGGUUUUCACCUGCUCAGCUAUUUCUGAGGCCUCUGCUCUGUGAGCCCGGGCUGCCCCUGGGGUCUUCCUCGCUUCCUCUGCUCUCUGCAGGGGUCUCCCCUGAGGCAUGAGGUUCCUUGAGGCAGACUGAUGGCCCCAGAUCCCUUAAUCACAAGCCCGGUUGGGAGCUUCCCUCUUUGGGGUUGAUAUUGAAUCUAGAACUGAACGUUUCGGGGCAUUUGAGAAGGCCUCCUUCCUGAAGAGCCGGUUUCCACAGACAGGUGCUGUGGGCACUGGGCCUCAGGCCCUGAGGAUACAGCAUCCCAAGUUGUUCACUUUGUUUGGAGAGUAGGCUUUUCCCUUGAGUUUUCAACUGAAAAAUAAAACGGGCAAAAUCUAAGAACUCACCCAUUGGAUGGCUGGAGCUGACCAUCCCCUGGAGAGACGGGGGAAUUUUAGGGGGCUGUGAAACCUGCCCACCAGUAGGGGGCCCCUCAAGCCCUCUCUACACCGAGUCCCAGGGUCCAGAUUCCAGAGCAAAGGGCAAAGUGUCAGCCAUGAGGAGUGGGGCAACCAGAAGGCCAGAAGCCAGACUCAGUGGUCCCCCUCUCCCGCCCCCGCAUAAAUCCCUGGCACACAGCGGGUGCUUAAUAAAGUUUAGAAGAAGGAACGCUAGAGAGUUGUAGAGUUUUUAGAAGACGGAGUGAAUGGGAUGGGAAGCCGGACCUGCGCAUUCCCACACUCUGGAGGGAAAACGGAAGGGAGGAGGGUUCUGGUUUAUUGAGUGUGUGCCACGUGGUCAUGGGUUACAACCAAAAGAGCCCAGAGUCCAGACACUGCCCUUUGAAAGACGCUUGGUCUUUUCUGAGACCUUCUAACAGCCCAAUGAGAAAUGGAUGACUCCAUGUAAAGGAAGAAGCGGCUCAGAGAGCCCAGGGGACUUACCGAAGGUCACACGGCUAGCAGACGCACUGAUCUGGGCCUGUGUCUCCCAAGGCUGCCCAACCUCAGUCAUCUACCUCUGCCUUCCCAACAACAGCCUUGUGCCAUAUCGUCUGCUCUUUACUCUAAGAGUCUAGCCCUGUCCCAAGCCAUAAUAGGUAGUGCUUGAUCAUUUUUCCUAAUCACAUUAAAAUGCCCCAUAAGCCACGUCACACGUGAUCAGAGAUGUACCCACAACUGUGGGAAGGGCCGUGCUGGGCCUGUUGCAGGAGCUCAGCCUAGGAGGAGGAGCGGAGGAGACAGUUCAAACAGCAAGCAAAUCACUGGAAUGUGGGGUGCCGGAGCAGUGCAGAGUUUGAUGUGCCCACAGUUUGCAAUGACACGCAACCUGUUGGUUUCUAAAUCUGCUGAAUGGAUCUGUGAUUUCCAGUCCAGAAAGGAAACUGCAGCCGUCCCACCCUGCCUCCCACACUGUCCAUCCAGCGCUCACCAGGAAUGCAGCAGUGGGCUGGGCACCGGCAGGGACCUGGCGGGGGAAACCGUCCUCCUUCUCGAGGCAGACUUGACAACAUCAACACGCCACAACGUUCGCUGUGUGGGUGGGUGUGCAGAAUUUACAGAAAAACAGAUGGGAGAAGAAAUGAUAACAUUAAAAAUACCUGUAAGUGUUCGUGUCUACGGCAAAUAAAGAGCAAGAAUAAAUAAA